UAACUAGCUAGGUAGCUUCCUUGGGCCCCCCUACCAACUUUGCCUCGCCUCCUACCAAGCUGCACCAAACCCUAUAUAAAAGCCCGCGCGCGCCUCCUCCCUCUUCAACCCAAGCAACAACGAGCCGUCCAUCCACUCGCCCAGAUCAAGCGAGCUGCGAGAAGCUCAGCUAGCUGCCUAGCUCAGCAGUAGCAGCAUUCCAGCAGCUCCGGCUAGCUCGACCGCUCGCUCCCGAUCGGCAUCGAUCGAUCGACGCAUAUAUAGGUAGCUAGAUACAAUACAACUAGCUGCUAGAUUGUCGCCAGACAAUUCAACAAAGAGAAGAUCGAGUAGCUAGCAGCUGCUAGGAAGAUAUAUACAAGCUUUCUUUGGUCGGAACAGAGAAGAGAAAAGCAAAUGGAGAAGAUGAAAUACGGCGACUGGAGCUGCCGGUCGUGCCAGUACGUCAACUUCUGCAAGCGCGACGCGUGCCAGCGCUGCGGCGAGGCCAAGCUGGGCGGCGAGCGGACGGACUACGCCGCGCUGGGCGGCGACUGGGACGUCAAGCCCGGCGACUGGUACUGCUGCCGCUGCGGCGUCCACAACUACGCCUCCCGCGGGAGCUGCUUCAAGUGCUCCGCCGCCAAGAACGAGGCGGCCGCCGCCGUCGCCCAGGGGUGGGGGUUCACCGUCGCCGGCCAGGCCGGGAUGAAGCCCGGCGACUGGAUCUGCCCAAGACUAGGUUGCAACGUGCAGAACUACGCCAACCGAACCGAGUGCUUCAGGUGCAAUAUGCCCAGAUCAUACAACGGUUGAUCAGGCAACUACACAACAGAGAAAAAACAGAAAACAAAAAAAAAUUGUACGAGAUUGAAGAGCAAUUGGUGAUCGUCAACGAUCGCCGCAUCACGAGGACAUUUAUCCUUUCUUUUUUUUUCUUUUGAAUGAGUAUAAGUGACCCUCGACAACCCCCAGGAGGGUUAGUCAUUUGGAAGAGCAGCAACUGAAGCUAAAAAGGAGAGGAGGAUAUGUGAGAGUAAUUAGAAAAAGGAGUGUGACUGAUGCCAACAGUCAGUAGUCUUCUUUGUCCCGUCCUUUUUUCCAAUAAAAGCUGAGGUUAAAGAAAGGAAGAAAAAAAUGCGAGUUCCCUUGA